AUGGAGGCAUCUAAUCUUGCGCUUUUGGUCGUCCUGGCGAUGACAGCCGCCAUGCUUGAACCCUCGAAUGCCCAGAAUUCGCCGCAAGACUACGUCACCGCGCACAACGCCGCGCGCGCCGCCGUAGGCGUGGGACUGAGGCCCGUGUCCUGGGACGCGGCCGUCGCGUCCUACGCAGAGAGCUACGCCAGGCAGCGCUCCGGCGACUGCGAGCUGGCGCACUCAGACUCACAGUACGGGGAGAACCUCUUCUGGGGCUCCGGCGAGGACUGGACGGCGGCGCAGGCGGUGGAGAAAUGGGCCGACGAGAGGCCCGACUACAGCUACGCUUCCAACAGCUGCGUCGACGGCAGGAUGUGCGGGCACUACACGCAGAUAGUGUGGCGCAACUCCACGGGCAUCGGCUGCGCGCGCGUGCUCUGCGACCACGACGCCGGCAUCUUCAUCACCUGCAACUACAGCCCGCCCGGCAACUACAUCGGGGAGAGGCCUUAUUGA